AUGGUGCUGGCUGGAAAGACACCACUGCCGCCAAAGGCGCUGCUGACUUCACCGACUCCUUCGGCGGCCAAGCCACUGAUGGUACCGGCUUUGCUGCUGAAGGCUACGAGAACGGCGCCCAAGAUGCUUCUGGAGGUGCAUGCCGCAACUGUGGUCAAGGUGAGCUCUAGAAUCAACAUUUCUGGUCCGAUAAUUAAGACAGCAGACGGCCAUUUCGCGCGUGACUGCCCCGAGCCAAAGAAGAUGAUGGGUGCUUGUUUCAACUGUGGUGAAGAUGGACAUUCCAAGGCAGAUUGCCCAAAUCCGCGCAAGUUCAAGGGUGAAUGUCGCAACUGCGGUCAAGAAGGCCAUCGUAUCGACGACUGUCCUACCUAUGUUGCGAAAUGCAAGAAUUGCGAACAGGAGGGCCACACUGCGAUCGAAUGCAAGAACCCCAAGGUCAUCAACAAUGCCCAUGUUGCUGAGAUGUCCGAGGACGAAGCUUGGGAGUUGCUCAAGAGAGCCAGCGACGAACGUGACAUUGGUGACUUCAAGGAGGCCGUUCAGGUCUUGUCCAAGGUCGCGCCUGACUACACCUAUCCUCGUCUUGAGAAGCAGUUCCGCAAGCGUGGCUUCAACAUCUACUUGAUCGCAAUGGAAAAGGAUCAUGGUGAUACUUGGACCAACGUCAACCUCCAAGGAGAAAUCGGCAAGAAGUAUGCUGUCAGCUACUUCAAGUCUGACAAAGCUCAACGUCCUGCCCUCGUCGCCAAGUGGCCUGCAACUCCCGAGGAAAACCUUGCCCGUCUUUCCGAUGCCGGUACUCCCCUCGACCGCGGUGUCGACAAGUGCAAAAACUGCGAUGAAGUCGGCCACAAGACCAAGGCUUGCCCACAGGACAAGAUUGAGAAAGAGCAGCCCAAGGUUCUGUGCCAUUUGUGUGGCGAGGAAGGUCAUCGUGUCCGAGACUGUACUCAGGAACGCAAGAAGCCAGGUCGUACUUGCAAGAUCUGUGAGGCGGAAGAUCACAUGGCCAAGGAUUGCCCGAACCGCGAGAAGCGUACUUGUCGCAACUGUGGUGAGGAAGAUCACAUCUCCAAGGACUGUCCCAAUCCACGCAAGCAAACCUGCCACAACUGCGGUGAGGAAGGCCACGUCUCUAGAGAGUGUGAGCAACCACGCAAGAAGAUCAACUGGGCCGAAGUCACUUGCAGUGUCUGUCACGAAAAGGGUCAUGGUCGCGGUAGAUGCCCCCAGGCUCAGGACGACAACGGCGGCGGUAAGGAGAACCAUGCUCCAAAUGGCGACGCGGACAAUGGUGGUGGUUGGGAGACCAACGAUACCGGCGGUUCUGCACAGGCUGAUUGGGAGCAAGGCGGUGGCGGCGGUGGUGGCUUUGAUGACGGCCCUGCUACGUUCUCAACUGGCGCUUGGUGAGGCCAAAAGGGUUGAGAAGAUUGUACAGUCUCUCGACCUCUGUGACAACAUCUGGACUCCUACCAAUGGUCGUUGAAUCCGCCUUUCUACUGGUCUUCAACAAUCUGCAUGUCGUUUAGGCUUUUGCCCGACUAGCAUGGACAUUUGAAGCAUAUGCGUGCCGGGCACAGAAAAGAAGAAAAAAGAGCUCACUGGGGUGUAUUCGGAAUGAUCUUAUCAAAGAAAUGCCCGAAGUGUCAUUAACUACCUGAUACUUGAU